AAGGAAGAAGAAAAAAUAAGUCGUCUCCUCCAACCACUGGCGCCGACGGCUUUUCCAAAAAUUUCCGAGUCCACUGUCCACACACCUUCUCUCUCCUUCCUUCUGUUUCCCCCUUUCUUUAUUGUACAAAAACGACAUUUCAAUCCUUCUUUCUCUCUCUAGAUCGCAGCAAUUCCUCUCUUUCUCCCUCCUCGACUCGACGCUACUGCUGCUGACAAUCUUCCUUCAACGACUCCGAUCUGCAGUCAACUACCCGGCCGGGGCUUCGUUCGUUUGUCGUCGUCGUGUUGGAUCUCGCCGUCGCAGCUCGGGCUCCACACUUUGUUAGAGGAAGGGAAGGAGGAACUUGUGGUUCGGGGUGAUUCCGGUUAAGCUGAGGAAGGGGCCGGGUCUCUCUUCUUACUGGAUCUGAGAGGGGGAAACAAUGGCGCUUUCAGGCAUGAGAGGUCUCUCCGUCUUCAUCAGUGACGUUCGUAAUUGUCAGAACAAAGAGCAGGAGCGGCUUCGUGUAGAUAAGGAGCUCGGUAACGUCCGUACCCGCUUCAAAAACGAGAAGGGCUUGAGUCCAUACGAGAAGAAGAAAUAUGUUUGGAAAAUGCUCUAUAUCUACAUGCUUGGCUACGAUGUCGAUUUUGGUCACAUGGAAGCUGUUUCCUUAAUAUCUGCACCAAAAUACCCAGAAAAACAGGUUGGCUACAUUGUGACUGCGUGUUUGCUCAAUGAGAACCAUGAUUUUCUCAGAUUAGCUAUAAAUACUGUGCGAAACGACAUUAUUGGCCGGAAUGAAACUUUUCAGUGCCUUGCAUUGACCCUGGUUGGAAAUAUAGGUGGCAGAGAAUUUGCUGAAUCAUUGGCAGCUGAUGUUCAGAAAUUACUUAUUUCAAGCAGCUGCAGACCUCUUGUAAGAAAAAAGGCUGCUUUAUGUCUGCUACGGCUGUAUAGGAAAAAUCCUGACGUUGUGAAUGUUGAUGGCUGGGCUGAUCGGAUGGCGCAACUCCUUGAUGAACGUGAUCUUGGUGUUCUUACAUCUUCAAUGAGUCUACUUGUUGCUUUAGUAUCAAAUAACCAUGAAGCAUACUGGAGUUGUCUGCCAAAAUGUGUAAAGACUUUGGAACGACUUGCUAGGAACCAGGAUAUACCCCAAGAAUACACUUACUAUGGUAUCCCAUCUCCUUGGCUUCAGGUUAAAACAAUGAGGGCUCUUCAGUAUUUCCCCACGGUAGAAGAUCCUAACACCAGAAGAUCGUUGUUCGAGGUCUUGCAACGAAUUUUAAUGGGAACCGAUGUUGUGAAAAAUGUAAAUAAGAACAAUGCAUCCCAUGCUGUUCUUUUUGAGGCUCUUGCACUUGUCAUGCAUCUUGAUGCUGAAAAAGAGAUGAUGUCCCAAUGUGUGGCCCUCCUUGGAAAAUUUAUUGCUGUCCGGGAACCAAAUAUUCGAUAUCUUGGCUUGGAGAAUAUGACUCGGAUGUUAAUGGUGACAGAUGUGCAAGAUAUCAUUAAAAGACACCAGGCUCAGAUUAUCACCUCAUUGAAAGAUCCAGAUAUCAGCAUACGUCGUCGUGCUCUUGAUCUGCUCUAUGGCAUGUGUGAUGUGUCAAAUGCAAAGGAUAUAGUUGAAGAGUUACUACAGUACCUCAGCUCAGCAGAUUUUGCAAUGCGUGAGGAAUUAUCUCUAAAAGCUGCUAUCCUUGCAGAGAAAUUUGCCCCUGAUCUAUCCUGGUAUGUGGAUGUAAUACUUCAGUUGAUCGAUAAGGCUGGAGACUUUGUCAGUGAUGACAUUUGGUUUCGGGUCGUACAGUUUGUUACUAAUAAUGAAGACCUGCAGUCUUAUGCAGCAGCUAAAGCUAGAGAGUAUCUUAACAAACCUGCCAUACAUGAGACGAUGGUCAAGGUCAGUGCAUAUAUCCUAGGAGAGUAUGGGCACCUUCUGGCCAGACGACCUGGAUAUAGUCCAAAGGAAUUAUUUACCAUCAUACAUGAGAAGCAUCCUACUGUCUCAACCUCCACUAUUCCAAUUCUUCUCUCAUCUUAUGCUAAGAUACUAAUGCACACUCAGCCACCAGAACCAGAACUACAAAACCAGAUUUGGACUAUAUUCAACAAAUACGAAAGUUGCAUCGAUGUUGAAAUUCAGCAAAGAGCAGCUGAGUAUUUUGCCUUGAGCCGAAAAGGUGCAUCUCUAAUGGACAUAUUGGCUGAGAUGCCUAAAUUUCCUGAACGGCAGUCUGCACUGAUAAGAAAAGCUGAAGAUGCUGAGGUUGAUACGGCGGAACAAAGUGCAAUCAAGUUGAGGGCUCAGCAACAAAUGUCGACAGCCUUGGUUGUAACUGACCAACGCCCUCCCAACGGGAUGCCAGCCCAACCCUCCAUAGGGCCACUGAGUCUAGUAAAAGUUCCCAAUACUUCUUUAUGGGAUCAGAAUCCUGGAGACCAAGGAUUGACCCAUCCAAAUGGUGUUGUAUACAAAGAAGAUCCUCAGCCACCGUCACAGGAUAUUAUUGGUGACCUUUUGGGUACAUUGAGUAUUGAAGGUCCUCCAGGAGCUGUUGCUCAAUCGCCCCAGAGUGCAACCUAUGAAGCAGAAGGUGCUCCAAGUGCAGCUGAUGCUGCAGCUCUGGUACCCGUUGGAGAAGAGUCGGGUUCCGUGCAGCCGAUAGGAAAUAUCAACGAAAGGUUCUAUGCUUUGUGUUUGAAGGAUAGUGGUGUUCUGUACGAGGAUCCGAACAUCCAGAUAGGCAUUAAAGCGGAGUGGAGAGCACAUCAAGGGCGUCUUGUUCUAUUCCUGGGGAACAAAAACACCGCUUCUCUUGGAUCGGUUCAGGCUCUCAUAUUACCUCCGACUCAUCUCAAGAUGGAGCUCUCAUUGGUACCAGAAACUAUUCCUCCCCGAGCGCAGGUACAAUGCCCUCUUGAAGUCAUGAAUCUCCGGCCAAGUCGGGAUGUCGCUGUUCUUGACUUCUCCUACAAGUUUGGUCCCACCAUGGUAAAUGUCAAGCUUCGCCUACCCGCUGUUCUCAACAAGUUUCUUCAACCCAUAACAGUGUCCCCUGAAGAAUUUUUCCCUCAAUGGAGAUCUCUCUCAGGGCCUCCUUUAAAGCUUCAAGAAGUUGUUAGAGGUGUAAGGCCAUUACCUCUACCCGAGAUGGCAAAUCUCUUCAACACAUACCGGUUGACAGUUUGUCCUGGACUUGAUCCUAAUCCUAACAACUUGGUUGCAAGCACGACAUUUUACUCAGAAACCACAAGAGCCAUGCUUUGCUUGGUGCGGAUUGAAACAGAUCCAGCCGAUAGAACACAGUUGCGAAUGACUGUCGCCUCUGGUGACCCAACACUCACAUUCGAGUUGAAGGAGUUCAUCAAGGAGCAGUUAGUUAGCAUCCCCACAGCACCCCAACGCCCACAGGGACCUGCAGCACCACCUCCUCCAGUAGCCCAGAUUACCGCACCACCGCCAGCUGCUUCGCAAGAUCCUGGGGCCUUGUUGGCCGGUUUAUUGUGACCCCACAGGGACACUAGGCACCUGUCAACAAAUGACGUGUGAAGGAUUUGUUGAGAAUAUAUACACCUUUGUAUAGCCGGGCUUAACACGAAGGUCUCUUCAACCAUCCUAUGGAUGGUUAAAGCAGAUGGGAAGAGUUAAAAUAUCACAGUGCCAGGGCUGGCGGCGGGAUAAGGGCGAAGGAAUUAGGCCUGAAAUUGGAAUCCAUGGGUUUGCGAUGAUUCAUCGGGAAGGGUAGUUGAGUCUGUUGAAUAGUACAGGUAGAAAGAGAGGAGGUUUUGAGUCGGAAUUUUGAGAUUCUUUGUGCACAACUUGUAAACGUGCAUUAGUUGAGCCGAGUGUUUCUUCUGGCUCUUUCUUUGUUGUUUCCUUUUGCUCUUGGUUUGACAAUCAAUUGGGGUCGAAGUGAAGUGAGGGUUUGUUGGUGGUGGCGCCUUAAUCUUUGCUCUUUCCCUCAUUGCUCUUGCAUUUUCUAAAUUGUUUUUUUGGCAAGCUUUGCUGCUGCGAUUGAUUGUAGAGUACAGAGGUUUACUAGAGCUUUGUGAGAUAGCUUAUA